AAGCCAUUGCGGCUCAAGGCAUCCCGACUCAACCGCCCGCUCCCCGACGCUUCCGACACUCUUGCUCCCCGACACCUUCGACAUUACCUCGCAGCUGCCGCCAUGGCUGCCAGGUCGCCCCCCCCCAUUGCUUGGGAUGCCAGCCUACGUCUGCGGCCACCAGGCCGUCGAGUUCGCCCUCGACCACAACCACCUGUUCAUCUCGCUCUCGCUCGAGGCGAAGAUGAUGUUGAAGCCCACUUUCAUCGAGCUGGGCGACGACGGGCGCCAGGGCUCGCUCAGUUCUCGGCCCUCCAGCAAGCCCUGCCGCGAGUCGUCUGUCUGCGGCAGCGCGUUCUUCGACUCCGACCGCAUGCGCACUGCUGCGCUGUCGAAGCGCAUGGAAGAGGCCUGGGCCUCGGCCUGGGCCUCGAACAGCAGGAAGGCGAUGAGGAAGAGCCUCGAAAACCGGCGCAUGUCUGCAGCAGUGGAUGCCAUCCAUUUCCUACCUGAGCAGGUGAGCAGCGUUGUACAGACCAAGGCCCAGAGCUUUGCCGACUGCAUGAAGAUCCAAUUGUCACUAGUGCAGAACGCCAUCCGCCUCAGAGGCAGAGACGACGACGUCGUCGAUGUGGUCAUCGAUCAGCUGGACAAGAUCCCUGAGAUCAUCAGGAGCUCCUUCGAGUCGCAGAUAGUGGAGGCGAACGAGGCGAUAAAGAUGUAACUGAGCGCCAUCAUGAAGAAGUUCAAGAGCCUUGCCUGUGAGAGUCAAGCGGUUGACCAGGCCGUGCAGGAGUUCAAGCGGGAGGCAGCCGGCUGUUACGACCACACCUUGCGGAGCCUGCCAGAGGACGCGGGCUUCGGCCGCCAGGCGCUGAAGGACGCCAAGGCUCAGCUCGUUGAGCUGGCGGCAGAGAUGUGCUCCGAGACGAUGCGGGCCUUGAGGAGAGUGGCCAACGCUAACAUCAAACACGCCGUUGCCUGCGUGGAGGACCCCAACGAAGUGCCUGUCAUGGACCACUUUGUCGCUGACGAGCUUCUUGGGGCGAAGAUGGGCACCCUGCCGCAGACGGACGGCGCGUCUGCGAGCCAGUCCGGCCAUUGCGCGGCCAGCAUGCUGGACUGCGACAAGGACGGCGGCGCCGACGGCAGUCUGGCGAACCACUGCGGUCGGUGUCAGGUCAGACUCGACCCCGGCUCCGAGUGUGUCCACCACUCCAAUCCUGGGAGUCUGGGCCACCCCGAGAUGUGCGUCUGGCCGUGCCAGCACUUUUCGCGUGGCCAGUGCACCAGCGGCGACGGGUGCAGAUUUUGCCACUGCCCGCACCCGACUCGGGCUGCGCAUCUCGGCACUCGGCACAGGAGAACCUGGGAGGCGAUGACAACGGCCCGAGUGCUUAGGCAUCUUGCUGCCCAUCCUCGAGAGGAAGAUGAUCACGUUGGGCCUGGCCACAGACGCGCUCCCCUUACUGGCUGGCCAGCAGUGCGCUGGGCCAGGCGGGGCCCCCGUCGACGCUGGCAGCCGGGGCAAGUAUCGGGAGCUGCGGACGUUGGAGCAGGCUGUCGGGACCCUGUGCAUGCGGUCGCUGCUGGUGGCGCUGCAAAAGAAGCUGAAGGCGCAGAGUUCGCGCGAAAGGGCCCUGCUGGACGCGCUGAUUCUGGAGGUGCGCGAGGCGGGCUUCCUCAUUGACAUCUGGGAGGGGGUCCAGAAGGACGCUUGAGUUCGGCCACCUCCUCCUUAUCUUCCUCCUGCUCCCAGCAGCGCUGGGUGAGACAACCCCAGCAGGCCUGGAGCUAGGCGAAAAGCGCGGACGCGCAGUGCCAAGCCAAGGGCCCAGACUUCGUGAAGCGGUAGGAGUGAGCCCAAGCACCGAGACGUCACGGGCCCCGUUUCUGAGAGCUAGCGUGCGCUCAGGUCGUGAGCGCAUCAGCGCGACCAAGGGUCCCAAGAUCGAAAUAUCGCCCCUGCACAGCCGGUCCUGGAGGCUUCAAAUAUCGCCCCUGGACAGCCCCAGAGGCCCCCUUUCCCCUCCUGGCCCUUCCUGCUCCAUCUGCGGUGGCAGCGGCUGUGCCCCACCCAGGCCCGCAGCUGCCCCCAAUUGCUCUCUCUGGCCCACUCGCCUAAGCGCAGGGUCUGCCAGUGGCCUCCAGCAGGAGCGCCGCUCCCGUUGCUCCCGAUCUUGCCCCAUGCCUCUGGUCAGGAGGGGGAAAAACACACAGAUCUGGGAAAAUAUGGGAAAUCCUGUUAUUUGUGUGUAUUUAUUUGUGUGUCCCUGGGCCCCUUGCCUCUGCCUCCAGUUCGGCACGACCUCGUAGCCGAAUUUUCAACAGGCCGCCCCCUUGGGCCCCGGUGCGUGCCGUGGCGGACCUUUUUUUCCGCCUGUUGGCGCCCUCCCCCCGCCGCAGGGUGCCUCGCCGAACGUGGCGGACCGAGCGUGGAGCUCAACAAAAAAACACCUCCGGCCGAAGGGCCGCAGAGCGGCGCCGUGCGCGAGACGGCUUCGCACGACCUCGCAGUUCGGCACGACCUCGCAGCUGGCGCAGGGGCGACAACAAAAUGGAGGUGUUUGCGUGCCAGUGGAUCUGUUUUUGCGGAGUUGGGCGCCCUGGCGCGGACGGCCGAACGACCCUUGCAGCGGGACACCCUGGCCACACGGUCGCCGCCGCAAAAACUGCUUGUUCAAGGCUGGCGCCGCGCAAAGGAGGUCGGCCACGACGGCUUCGUCGUGGCCUCUGCCUCCAGUGCGGCACGGCCUCGCAGCCGAAGGGCCGCAGAGCGGCGCCGUGCGCGAGGCGGCCUGGCUCCGCGCGCCUGCGCGGGCAGGGGGCCCGCCGCGCCCUCCUCGCGGAGCGGGGCCAGGCGUCGAUUCCCAAGAGGGUAGAUGGGAGAUCUGGGGGAAGGGCGGUUGGAAGAGGAAACGCUCUAAACCACCCACGCCCGAAGUGGCUGGUGGGAUUCGUGGCCGAACCAGGCGUCCGCGAUAGUUAUACCUAUGUAGAUCCUACGCAUCAGGGCUACCGACUCGGCCCUACCGCACCGACUGGACGUCGUCGGGCGAAGGCCCUGCCUGUCUGACAAGAGACUGGAAGUCGUCGGGCUCGGUUCUACCCCAGCGACUGGAAGUCGUUGGGCUCGGUCCUGCCCCAGCGACUGGAAGCCGCCGUUAUUUGUCAUGGUCACCCGCGAGUUUUGACAUCACGAUAUAGUACAACGGCCUCGCAGGUUUUCAGCCUCGCGAAGUCGACCGUGCUUUCUCGGGCGUUUUGUGUGAGGCUGGUGUUCUCUCUUCGGUGACGAAUGCCGCACUUCCCGUUGGCCGAACAUUCGCAGCCUGCCUGGCGGUCGCGUCAGGUCUCCUGACCGAUUUGCAGAGCUUUCAGGCAGGCCCAGGCGGUGAGCGGUUCUCUUCUUCUUUCGUAGAGCAGUGCGGCCCACAAAGUUGGUGUUCUUGGCUGUGCUCUGGAGAUCCACGUGUGGAUGUGUCUGGAGAAGGUUGCUGCAAACGUCUUUUGUCGAGCUGCGGCUGCGGAUGCAUAGUAGUGCAACAAUUGUUUGUAGCGCAUGCCGUGGGAGCGCCACGCCUUGAGCGAGAGCAGAACCCCUACCACGGUAUAUACCGGACGCGUCUCCGAUGCCGCCGGGAAGAUCGGGGGCCCCCAAACGGAGUGGUGACCACACCGUGUGGUGAGUCGGUGGGGAUUCGGGGUCACCGCGCGGCUUUAGGACUCGGGUCGUUCUCCGAGGACGUCUCGGGCGACUGGGGCAUCCGAGGUCCCA